AUGAAUACCGAACCACGAAACUCAAGGUGUUGCCGCGGUCUAUCCGAACCAACUCCUACAGCAUUCUUGAGCGAGGACCUUAUCGUGGAGAUCAUAUCCUGGCUUAGAGUGAAACCUUUGAUGAAGAUGAAGUGUGUUAGUAAGUCAUUUAACAGUCUUAUCUGUGAUCCUAAAUUCGUGAAAAUGCACCGUAAACGAUCUUCACGAAACACACUCUCCUAUCUAGAUGAUUACAGUUUUGUACCCUUCUCGGUUGGUGAUGAUUUAGUUAAAAAUCCUUCGAUGAUUCCCAGUCUCGAUGAUCCUUACUAUUGUUUGAUUGACAAGGACUGUCGUAAAGUUGUUGGUUCUUGCAAUGGAUUGGUUUGCUUGCUCGGUUCAUCUGAGCAUCAAACAUGGUUCCGUUUCUGGAACCCCGCCACUAGGACAAUAUCUAAUAAAUUAGGUUUUCUUUGUAAUGUCAAGUAUCGGUAUAAAUUGACAGAUUGGAGGUUUACUUUUGGUUAUGAUAAUUCAACCGACACUUAUAAGGUUGUGGCAUUACUUCUGGGGAAUCACCCGCGGAAAACGGAGGUACGAGUUCUUAAUUUUGGGGAUAAUAUUUGGAGAAGUAUUCCAAGUUUUCCUGCUAAGCCUCUUCAGGUAGCUGUAAGUUCACAAAUCAGCAGGGGGUUUAAUGGUGUGCAUUUGAAUGGCACUAUUAAUUGGUUGGCCUUUGGGAGAAGUCGAUCUGAUCUAUUUGUGAUUGUUUCGCUUGAUCUAAGUACAGAGACAUACAAAAUAUUCCGUGUCCCUCGAUUUUCUCAUGAGGAGUUAAAUGUAAUUCCUCGCCUUUGUGUCAUGAUGAAUAACCUUUAUUUAUAUCAUGAUGUCAACAAAACCGAUUUUGUUAUAUGGAUUAUGACAAAAUUUGGAGAUGAUAAGUCUUGGACCAGAAACCAUCUACUCAGCAGCCACGACGUUAUUGGGUUGAAGUUGCGGACCGCAUCACCUGAUGCGGCCGCAAUAUUGCGGAUGCGGUAG